AUGAAGCAACUUCAAGAGCUACAUCUGUCAAAUAAUUAUUUCAGAGGAACUGUGGAUACAUGCCUUGGCAAUUUGACAUUACUUCGGAUUCUUGAUCUCUCAGAUAACUCCUUAACUGGGAGCAUUCCAGCAACUUUGAUUGCUCGCCUGACAUCUCUGGAGUAUCUUUACCUUUCUCGCAAUAAAUUUGAGGGUUUAUUCUCAUUAAACAUCUUGAGUAACCAUUCAAAGCUUAAGGUAUUGCAACUGAGCUAUAUGAAUUCUACAACAUUUCAAGUAGAAACUGAAAAUCCCCCUUGGGUUCCAUCAUUUCAGUUUGAAUGCCUAGGAAUGGCCCAUUCUCAAGUAAACUUACCUACAAAAAGGAUUCCUACUUUCCUUUUAUAUCAAAAUGGCUUGAGAUAUAUUGAUCUAUCAGGUAACAACUUGGUUGGUAUGUUUCCCAUAUGGUUGCUUGUGAACAAUCCAAAACUAGAAGAAGUGCAUUUAGGUCAUAAUUCUUUCACAGGACCUUUUAAACUACCCUUUGAUCUAAAUCAUCAGAUGGAUCAAUUAUCCUCUUUGGACUUAUCAAACAAUAAGAUCCAAGGCGAGCUCCCCAAUGACAUAGGAUUCUUCCUCCCAAAUCUAGUGAUUUUUGAUGUCUCAAGCAAUAUGUUUGAUGAUCAUAUUCCUGCUUCAAUUGGAAACAUGUCAAGGUUGUGGAUAUUCGAUUUGGGACACAAUAAUUUUUCUGGCAAAGUACCUGAGAACAUUCUUAAUGGAUGCAUGUCAUUAGAAGAAUUGAUGAUGGAUAAUAACCAGCUUAAUGGAACACUUCCCACUGGGAUUGGAAAACUUUGGCUUAGGACCUUAACCGCAUCAAGGAACAACUUUGAAGGUGCAAUAACAAAAGAAUUUUGCCAGCUUGAGCUUUUUCUUUUAGAUCUAUCUCAAAAUAAAUUGUCCGGUGCACUACCCUCUUGCUUCAAAAUGCCAUCAUAUGUUUUCUUGCAGGGAAAUAAUCUUACUGGCCCGAUAACUGAGAUAACUGAUGCAUUUACAGUGGCCAUUGAUUUGAGUGAUAACAAAUUUACUGGAACUAUUCCAGAGAGCAUAUAUGGGCUUAAGUCUUUGGAGUUUCUUUUAUUGGGAGGUAAUCAGUUGCAAGGCCAACUUUCCACUCAAAUAUGUCAGUUACAAAAAAUCAGUAUCUUGGACCUUUCACACAAUAACUUCAUUGGCUCUAUACCAUCUUGCUUAAAUAAUUUGUCAUUUGGGGACAUUUAUAAAGAUUCUUUACCACUUAUGCACGAUAUUGACUUAUUAUUAAAACAAGUUAUUGUUAUGGGUCUCACUCAAGAAGUGCAAUUCGUAACAAAAGGUUCACCCCUAUCUUAUAAAGGUAAUAUACUUGAAUUCAUGUCAGGGUUAGACUUGUCAUCUAAUCAACUCACAGGAGAGAUUCCACACCAAAUAGGAGAUCUAAAUGCCCUCCAUUCACUGAACUUGUCUCAUAACCAUCUCAAUGGACCAAUUCCAGAGAGCUUUGGAAAGCUAGAAAACAUUGAGAGCUUAGAUCUUUCAUUUAACAACUUGGGUGGACAAAUCCCUCUUCAUUUACAGGACUUGUAUUCUUUAUCUGACUUCAAUGUCUCCUACAACAAUUUGUCAGGUAGAGCACCUAAUAAGGGACAGUUUGGUACUUUUGAUGAGAGCAGCUACAUAGGAAAUCCAUAUCUUUCUUAUAAUAAUAGUAACAGAGGCAUUGCAACACCGCCACCUCCACCAACUCCAUUAAAUGAUGGAGACAAAAAUGAUUCUGCAAUUGAUUUCACUUCCUUUUAUUGGAGUUUUGGUGGAUCCUAUGUCAUGGUGCUCCUAGCAUUGCUAACAAUCCUUUGGAUCAAUCCUCAUUGGCGGAGAGCAUGGUUUUAUUUUGUUGAAGGGUGCCUCCUUAAGUGCUUUGGUAAGUUUCUUGAAGAUGCAUUCUACUAG